CAAAGUGUAAACACACAACAUCCAAAAUUCUUGUACAGGUAAAUUAGUGUUCUCAGCUAUCUCCUGCUCCCAAAUUUCUCUGCCACAUUGAGGAUGGUUCAAGAGGAGUAGAGAACAUGUUGGUUGCAGCGAGAAACAUUUGAAAGCACUCACUUUUAUGGAAGUCAUAAAAGAGAAAAAUCUCUCAUGUUAUUUAGAAUCAUCCUCGAUAUAUUUAUUCUAAUAAUAAUAAUAAUAAUAAUACACAUAGCCAAAUACCGUUCUCUGUGUAAAAUCUUUACAAAUCUGACAUGCUGAGAAUUCAGCUUCUGAUACAAUCCAUUCACUUUUCCAAUUAGACUGGUAUUGAGUUCUCAGUACAAAAUCGAAUGUGCUUAUGCAGCCCAUCCCACAGUACCUGUUAAUUCAGGCUGGCGCUUGGAAUUUCAGAUCUGGUCCCUCCGCGGGGCGGGGCGGGGCCGUGGGCGGGGCCUGCCGCCGGGGAGGCGGGGUGCUGGGAAAGCCGGGGGGCGGGUCUGUCUGCUCGUGAAGCCUCGUAGUAUCUGAGCGUGCGAGGGUCCGCGGCGCUAGCAGCGUGCUCCGCGAGGCUUCUCUUCACGUGGCAUCGCAGUGGACCCCGCCGCUCCGGGCGCUUUGUGCUCGCGGACUGCCGAGAGAUGUGAGCGCCGCUGAGAUGCCCGUGGCGAGCGACCUGGAGCCGGCAGAGACGACGCUGCUCCUGAGGAUGGGCUGCGCCGAGAGGCCGACGCAGCCCCGGGGUGUCCGGGGGAAAGGAAGGGGACCGCAGCCCAGGACCGGGAGCAUCCCGGCGCUGGAGCGGGCGGAAAAGUCAAGAGCCACAGCCGCUGUCCAGCGCUUGCGAAGCCGCCGCCCCUGGGGUGCGCCCAGCGGUUUGUGAGUACUCAGCGUCGCCUGUCCGCAGACGGAAGCCGGGGAACACCCCUGGAGAGCUCUACGGGAUCCCCACAAUCGCCGUCGCCUGGUCUUCCCACCUGCCUCAGAGACAGAGUGACUGCCGCCCCCCUCCCCCACCUGCGGACCCGGGGCGAGGGCGGAGGCCCAUCGGGGCCGCCCCCUUCCCACCCAGGAGGUGGAGAGUUACCCACCUCUCCGCCGUCCGCUCCGGCCAAAUUCAACUCCCGUUCUCUCCUCCCGCGGCCCCGAGCCUCCUGACGCCCCCUCGUCCUCCCGCUAUCCCCCCUCCCCAGAGACAGGGGAGGAGAAAAGGGGAGCCCAGGGCGUCAUGACUGAGCUGAAGGCGAAGGGUUCCCGCGCUCCCCACGUGGCGGGCACAGCGCCCUCGCCCACCCAAGUCGGAGCCCCUCUACGGGGACGCCCAGACGCGGGCCCCUUCCAGGCGGGCGAGGCCUCGGGCCCGACGCCCACAGCCUCGGGCCUCCCCCUCUCCCUGGACGGGCUGAUCUUCCCUCGGCCCUGCCAGGCUCAGGACCUGGACGGGAAGACGCCGGACCCAGAGUCGCUGGCAGACGUGGAGGGGGCGUAUUCCAGAGGGGAAACCGCAGAGGGCGCUGCUGCAAGACCCGUGGAAAAGGACGGCGGGUUGCUGGACAGCGUCCUGGACACCCUGCUGGCGCCCCCCGGCCCUGAACAGAGCCCCGCCAGCCCCGCCGUCUGCGAGGCCCCCAGCCCUUGGUGCCUGUUUGGCCCCGAGCUUGCCCAAGACACCCGGGCUGCGCCCGCCGCCCAGGGGGUCCUGCCCCAACUCAUGAGCCGCCCGGAGAGCAAGGCUGGCGAUACCCCCGGGGGGGCCGCCGGCCAGAAGGUGCUGCCCCGGGGCCUGGCGCCAUGCCGGCAGCUGCUGGCCCCGACGGCCGCGAGCCACCCCUGGCCCGCGCCAGCGCCGAGGCCGUCUCCGCAGCCCGCGGUGGUGGAGCUGGAGGUGGACGACUCGGAGCCCGAGGGCUCCUCGGGGCCGCCCCUGAAGGGCAAAGCCCGGCCCGCGGGAGGAGCCGCGAUCAGCGCUCCCGGGACGGCCGCGGGAGGCGUCGCCCCGCUGCCCAAAGAAGAUGCCCGCUUCUCUGCGCUCAGGGCCUCCCCGGCGGAGCAUGACGCGCCCGCCGCGCCCGGGCGCGCCCCGGUGGCCACCGCGGUGAUGGACUUCAUCCACGUGCCCAUCCUGCCGCUCAACUCGGCCUUCCUGGCCGCCCGCACCCGGCAGCUGCUGGAGGGCGACAGCUACGACGGCGGGGUCGCCGGCGCCUUCGCCGCGCCGCGGGGCUCGCCCUCCGCCUCGUCCGCCCCGGGCGCGCCCGGAGACUUCCCCGACUGCGCGUACCCGCCCGACGCCGAGCCCAAGGACGACGCGUUCUCGCUCUACGGGGACCCGCAGCCGCCCGCCCUGAAGAUCAAGGAGGAGGAGGAGGGGGGCGCCGAGGCCGCCGCACGCUCCCCGCGGCCCUACCUGCUGGCGGGGGCCAGCCCCGCCGUCUUCGCGGACUUCCCGCUGGCGCCGCCGUCCAGGCCGGGGGAGGUGGUGGCGCCCGCGGCCGCCGCUGGGGCCCCCGGCUCGUCCGCGGCCGCGUCGGGGUCCGCCCUGGAGUGCGUCCUGUACAAGGCGGAGGGCGCGCCGCCCCAGCCCGGCCCGUUCGCGCCGCCGCCCUGCAAGGCUCCGGCCGCGGGCGCCUGCCUGCUGCCGCGGGACCUGCCGUCCACCUCGGCCGCCGCCGCCGCCGGGGCCACCCCUGCGCUCUACCCGCCGCUCGGCCUCAACGGGCUCCCCCAGCUCGGCUACCAGGCCGCGGUGCUCAAGGAGGGCCUGCCGCAGGUCUACCAGCCCUAUCUCAACUACCUGAGGCCGGAUUCAGAAGCCAGCCAGAGCCCACAGUACAGCUUUGAGUCAUUACCUCAGAAGAUUUGUUUAAUCUGUGGGGAUGAAGCAUCAGGCUGUCACUAUGGUGUCCUCACCUGUGGAAGCUGUAAGGUCUUCUUUAAAAGGGCAAUGGAAGGACAGCAUAACUACUUAUGUGCUGGAAGAAACGACUGCAUUGUUGAUAAAAUCCGCAGAAAAAACUGCCCAGCGUGUCGCCUUAGAAAGUGCUGUCAGGCUGGCAUGGUUCUUGGAGGCCGAAAGUUUAAAAAGUUCAAUAAAGUUAGAGUUAUGAGAACACUGGAUGCCGUGGCCCUCCCACAGCCGGUGGGUAUUCCAAAUGAAAGUCAAGCCCUAAGCCAGAGAAUCACUUUUUCACCAAGUCAAGAGUUGCAGUUGUUUCCCCCGCUGAUCAGCUUGCUCAUGAGCAUUGAACCAGAUGUGGUCUAUGCAGGACAUGACAACACCAAACCUGAUACUUCCAGCUCUCUGCUGACAAGUCUGAAUCAGCUUGGCGAGAGACAACUUCUUUCAGUGGUCAAGUGGUCUAAGUCACUGCCAGGUUUUCGGAACUUACAUAUUGAUGACCAGAUAACUCUCAUCCAGUAUUCUUGGAUGAGUUUAAUGGUAUUUGGACUCGGAUGGAGAUCUUAUAAGCAUGUCAGUGGACAGAUGCUAUAUUUUGCGCCUGAUCUAAUACUAAAUGAACAGCGGAUGAAGGAGUCGUCAUUCUAUUCCUUGUGCCUUACCAUGUGGCAGAUCCCACAGGAGUUUGUGAAGCUUCAAGUCAGCCAGGAAGAGUUCCUCUGUAUGAAAGUAUUGCUGCUGCUUAAUACAAUUCCUUUAGAAGGACUAAGAAGUCAAAACCAGUUUGAAGAGAUGAGAUCAAGUUACAUUAGAGAGCUCAUCAAGGCAAUUGGUUUGAGGCAAAAAGGAGUUGUCCCUAGCUCACAGCGUUUCUAUCAGCUUACAAAACUUCUUGAUAACUUGCAUGAUCUUGUCAAGCAACUGCAUCUGUACUGCUUGAAUACAUUUAUCCAGUCCCGGGCCCUGAGUGUUGAAUUUCCAGAAAUGAUGUCUGAGGUUAUUGCUGCACAAUUACCCAAGAUCUUGGCAGGGAUGGUGAAACCUCUUCUCUUUCAUAAAAAGUGAAUGCCAUUUUUAUCUUUAAAAAAUUAAAUUUUGCGCUAUGUCUGUUUUUUUGGGCGGUCAUGAUUAUGAGGUUGCGAGUUUUUACUAUGCUUUUCUCAGAGCCUUACAUUUAUAACGUAUCAUACUGUGUAAAUUUCAAAGAAAAGUUGUGAGGUUUCAUUGUUUUCCUUUAUAAAGCAUAAUUCAGA